UGCGCUUUAGUUGCCAUGUUGAUAUUUUCUUUCUUUUUCCGUCACGCACCGCCUCACAUGUAUUUGAGUCGGGAACGACAACGAGAAACGAUCACGAAAGAAACCACGAGAACAAUGGUGGCUGCUAAAGUAUUUUAGAUGGCAGUGUUCUCUUGGGUAUGGCAGUAUCGUGUUAUUUCAAUGAAUUUCGACAAAUGUUGAAGAUUAACCAAGAAAAUCUAUUAUAAGCACAGAACAGGACCUUUGGAAAUGUCUACAAUGCAUUUUAUGGUCCAUCCUUUGCCUGGCACUGAGGAUCAAUUGAUAGACAGACUUAAAGAAGUAGCAGAACGAUGGAAUCGGUACGGGACCGGCGCCGGCUCCUCGGCGCUGAGCUCGCUGCGCGGCGUGCGCGCCGUGGCCGCGGGCCCGGCCCACAUCGCCUGCUUGCUCGAAGACGGAACCAUUUGCCGAGCUGCAUUUUCUAUUAUACCUGACCGAUUGGACUUGAGCAAAACUGACGCUAGCAAGAGCGGCGGAAAUGGAGGCGGAGGCAGCGGGGGUGGAGGGACGAGUGGGGGGAAGCAAAGUGGCAGCGGUGGUGGUUGCGGAUCAAGACAACAACCUCGGACCAGAGCACGUAUCAUGAGGAAUUCCAUUCGCACGGCCACAAGCUCGCAAGGGUCCACGAGCCGCGCCGCGGGCGUAAUAAUCGGCGCGUCAGGCUCGGGCCGCGUGGUGUCCGUGCCCGCGCCUUUCGUGCCCGAGGACCUGGUCACGCAGGCGCAAGUGGUCCUGCAGGGCAAGAGCCGAAACCUUAUAGUUAGAGAAUUACAGCGUACAAACCUUGACGUAAACUUGGCGGUGAACAACCUAUUGUCUCGCGACGACGAGGAGGGCGAGGAGCCGGAGAGCGGCGAGGGCGGCGACGGCUACGUCCCCGAGGACCUCAUCUCGCUGCUAGACGGCGGCUUCCACGCGGCGCAGCAGGACAACUCGGUCAUCAUCGACGCCGACGCGAUGUUCUCCGAGGACAUCUUCGGGUACGCGGCUAUCAGAAGUCGCAGUGGUGGUAACAACAGCGGGCGCGGGACGGUGAAUCGCGAGAGUAGCAGCUCGACGCAGGAGCGGCCGUCGGAGUUCAGCCGGUGGCGCGACCGCCAGUACUUCGGGCCGCGCAGGUGGCUCGAGUCCGCGCUCCGCGACACCUCCUGGGAUAAGGACAACACCGAAAGCAAGAAAAAAGAUUCUGCUAUGGCUGCGUCUCCGCUUUGGGUGUCCGAGGAGUUAGAAUAUUGGGACAGCAACAUCCGAUUCACGCACAUAGCCGCGACGUACAGCGAGCUCGUUGCUAUCUCCACGCAGGGCCAACUCCACCAGUGGCGAUGGGCUGACGCACACCCUUACCAGCGCACAGACGCGUCUGGUGCGGGAUGCGCGUACCACCCUCGUUCCAACUGGUUGGGGCUGGCGGCCGGCGAGCGCGUGGUCAGCGUCGGCGCAGCCGGCAUCCGCGUGUCCGUGCUCUCCGACACCGGCAGGAUCGCCACCUUCCUCGAUGAAUCCAUCGCGCAUGCACUAGGCGCAUCACGCUUAGAGCAUCCUCUACAGACAUUCUCGGAGUUUGGCUCCGACAGGGCUAUAUCACUGCACGUGUGCUCACUGUACACUGUUGCUAGACUGGAAUCAGGAGCGCUUUAUUGGUGGGGGGUCCUGCCCCUGGGCCAGCGCGCCCGCCUGUGGGAGAAGCACCGAGCGCGGUCUCGUAAGCAGCGCGGACACUCGUCCGCGGCGCCGCAGGACCUGCAGGCUGGACAGAGCGUCACCAUGAAGAACGCGCCCAUGUACCAACCGGGGGCUGUUGGGUUUAACAUGUCAACGGGAGUACCUAAAGUUGGUGUGCUUCAAAAUGCUGCCUGGAAUAUCUCGGACACUUGUCGAUUUAAACUGUUGCCCCCACCGCAACCGGACCGCUCGCUUUCAGACAAGGACAAGAGAGAUUUACAAAACCAGUCACCGCUAACAGUGUCAUCAGUGAAAGCCUCAUCAUCUAGCAGUGCCAGUAAGGACGCAGGCAAAGACAGCAACAAAGACAUGGCAGACCGGCUCGAUAUGCCGCCACCGCCCAGUCCGGCCUCGUCCACUUGCAGUGAUACUAGCACCUCUCAUAAGCGUGCCAAACGCGUGACUUUCCGUGGAGAGGAGGGUUCAUCGAACGACGGGUCCAAACGCGACGAGGAGGAAUGGCCGCUGAAGGAGGUUGUGUUCCUUGAGGACGUCAAGAGCGUGCCGCUCGGACGCGUCCUGAAGGUUGACGGCGCCUACGCGGCCGUUCGGUUCCCGGUUGUUGGCAAAGACGGCAAGGAGGUGGUACCAUCAGCGCCUGAAGAUUGGACGGCUUUACUUCAAGACUGCCGUUUAGUGCGUAAAGAUGACUUGGUGGCCGUGAAGUGGGGCUCCGGCACGGCAGGUCCUCGCGGCCCUGACUGCCUGCAGCGCUCGCCCAGGAAGAUUGCCCUUCCGGCUGACGUCCAAGUCAUUUCUAUUGCUGUGGACGGGCGCGGCGUUCACGCUGUAGUCCGCAGGCCAGGCGGCGCGCUGGCCUACGCCGUGUACGCAGUAGGUGCCACACGCGCACUCACCGACAGUGCCUUCCCUACUGACCACGGGGCCCUCCUUGGCCACUCCAACGGACAAGCGAUUCAACUAGCCACCGCUGCUGAGGGCAGCGAACCGGUGGUGAUGAUGCUGGACGGCAACGGUGCGCUGUACCCGAUCGCGCGCGACUGCGUGGGAAUGGUGCGCGAGCCGCCGCCGCUUAACUUACCGCCGGCUCGCGCUCUGGCCGCGCACGCGCUGCCGCUUUACCCGCACGGCACGCAUCACACACAUCACACUGCACUAAAGUCACAGGUGGCGCUUAUUAUUUUGGUACCGGAGCCACAACUGAUGAUGCCGCGUGUAUUACGUUGCGAUCUUGAUGGAAUUCGUCAACUACUGCACCAGUUGGAAUCGGACGUCACCAAGCAACAAGUUUUAUCUAUAUUGCAAGAGCGUUGCGACGGCAAUAGGAACAUACUACACGCAUGCGUUCAUAUGUGUGCGCCUACAUCGAACAAGGAACCUGAUAUAGUUGAAAAUGCUACCACUUUACCUAACCUGUCGGGGGGCACCGGUGGAAUAAAUUCUAGUGCAGAUGAAGCCGUUCCGGCGCUAUCCUGGCCUCCCGAAACUUUUGAAGCCUCAGGUGACGAGGACAGCCUUAUGGGGCUCACUGGCAACGGUAAUUUUUACAGAAAGAUGCAAGGUGGUGGCAACAACGGAGGAGGAAUAGUGAGUGCCGACCCUGCCGAGCGUCGAGGCAAUGCGCUCCUGGCACUGCGGGCUAUGUGCGACAGUCCCGCGUUACAGCCGUACCUUAUGCAGCUGCUGUCUGCCACAGAUGGCAUGGGACAGACUCCCUUGAUGGCUGCAGUAGCGGAGCGUGCGUACCGCGCCGCGGUGGUGGUGCUGGAUGCGAUCCGUUCGUGCGCCGAUGGCGAGGCGGACGAGGCGCAGCGCGCGGCCGCCAUCUUCCCGCCCAACGCACACCCCGACCACUCGCCGCUCCUCGUGCUGUGCUGCAACGACACCUGCAGUUUCACUUGGACGGGACAAGAACACAUCAAUCAGGACAUUUUUGAAUGUAAAACAUGUGGACUGACCGGAUCUCUAUGCUGCUGCACCGAAUGCGCUAAGGUGUGCCACAAAGGCCAUGAUUGCAAACUAAAGCGCACCUCGCCAACGGCUUACUGCGACUGCUGGGAGAAAUGCCGCUGCAAGGCGCUGGUUGGCGGUAACUGGGCAGCUCGUUGCGAUUUACUCAUUCGACUCGCUAAGGACACUCAGCUGGCCACACAUUUCAAUUCAAGGGGAGAGUCGAUUCUACUAUUCCUAGUGCAAACUGUCGGCCGCCAAGCGGUUGAACAGCGCCAAUUCAGGGCGGGCGGAGGCCGCGGGCGCGGGCCGCGCAAGCAGCCCGGCUCUGAUGCAGAGGUUGAUGCUCCCGAUCACGACUUGGAGCCUCCGAGAUUUGCGCGCCGCGCCCUGCUGUUCUUACUCAGCGACUGGGCGGCGGUGGAAGCAGCCGUGUCAUGCGGCGCCAACUGCUCGGUCGGCGAAGGGGACAGCCGCCCCGGCAGCCCCGCGCCGCACCAGUCCGGCACCACCUUACUUGACAAAUUCACUCAUGCUCUCAUUGUCAAGUGCACCAACGAGAUGCUUGAUACACUUCUGAAUACGCUGAUAAGAGAACAACAGAACGAAACGAUCCCUGGCCGCCCAGAAAGAGCGCGUGAAGUGGCGCGCAGAUUUGUACGCUCUGUUGCUCGGAUAUUUGUCAUCUUUAGUGUAGAAAUGGCUCCAGGUGCCGCUAAAAAGAAAGGGCCGCUUUCGAUAACAUCGUCAUUGGUUCGGUGUCGGCGCGUGUUCGCCGCUUUAGUGGCUCUGGCAGUUGAAGAGCUGGUCGAGGCGGCGGAUGCCCUACUUGCCCCUGUGCGUUUGGGCGUCGUGCGUCCUACGGCCCCAUUCCCUCUGGCGACGACAUUCGUUGAUCUUGUUAACGGAAGUGAAGAUUUAUUCGGAGUGGAGCCACUAUCUACUGCAGCAUCACGCCUUGCGCACUCACGGCGAGAGUCGAACGCAGCGCCGGGUCGCGAUGCAGGCACAGGAGGCACGUCGAUGGGCAGUUCCACGUUAGUAGCCGACAGGUCGUCGACGCCGGUCGCGACCGAGUACGCCGACGAGGUCGCUGGCGAGGCGCUGGGCGGCGACGACGAUGCCUCCGAGACCGACGAGCCCAAUGCGGCCGCGCCCGUCCCGCCCACUGAUAAUCAGCACCACGAUGAUCCGAUGGGUGAUAGAGGUCAAGAUCAACACGUGGUAGUGGAAAACGGCACAGAACGUGCAGAAGGAGGGGAGAGUGAAAGCGAAUUAGACUUACUGGCUGAAGCCGAAACUGAGAGUGACUCAGACGACCAAGACAAUGCGGAUCCGGCCCAGCGCAGCGUGCAGACCGGUGCGGCACAAGGCUCUGACGGAGGAAUAGCUUCUCUUCUUCUAUACCCAGAAGACGAGAGCGGCGACUCGACGCAGCCCGAGGACGAGGACAGCGAGGCGGGCGAGACGGACGAGCAGGACGCGGAGGCCGAGCCGCCGCUGCACGACGGAGAGGCGCUCGAGCGCCGCGCGGCGCCGCCCUCUCGCCCCAACCUCGCGCCGCACUCCAUGCAGUGGGCCAUACGUAGUUCCCGCGAGAGCACGCGCGGCACGAGCAGCAGCGCGGGCGGCGUGCGGUUGGCGGGCGGCUCGUCGCUGGUGUUCAUCGACCCCGCGUCGCUGCGCCGCUCCGCCGCCGCCGCCGCCGCCGGCGCGCACGACCCGCACUCCACCUCUACCACCGCUUCAUACCUCGCCAGGGCUUUCGGCAUCGUCAUUCGGCAAAUAGCCGAUUUGCUAUGGGAAUACGAGCGCGUCUCAUUGCCCAUACCUCGCAUGUUGCCACUCUCAUAUCGCGAAGCGUUGCGUUUGCAAUGCUAUCUCGAGAGACAACUUAAACCAACAUGGGAUUGGCUAGUGACUGUAAUGGACGCUACCGAGGCACAACUAAGAUUUGGUGCUUCACUGACGUCCAACAACGUAAGCACCACCACAGUGGAAAGCGGACGGCCUAACGCACCUGCUGUUCGGCGCGCCACAUCCUUCACGUCCCCUGCGACCCGCAUUAUAGGGUUCUCGGAAGGUCCUAGAACAAGAGACCGUGAACAAGGCGUGGAGGCGGGCAGUGCGCGGCGCGAGUUUCUGGCCUACUGCCUGUCGCUGCUGCGCGCGCACAGCGCCGAGCACGCGGAGCAGCUGCCCGUGCUGGACGUGGCCGCGCUCAAGCACGUGGCGUACGUGCUCGACGCGCUCGUCUACUACAUGCGCGCCGCACAGCCGCAGCCGCACCACCACCAUCAUCUAUGGUCUUCGGACGAAAACGAGAACGAGGAAGGCGACGAGGAAAUGGUUGUGGGAGGCGCCGCAGCCGCCGAGUCCGACAGCGAGGGCGAGGGCGCCCGCGGCCGCUCGCACAACUUUUUCCAGCGGUCGGACUCCACGCUGUGUCUCGGCUGCCCGCCACCGGAUCCUUUCAACAUGACGAUGCAAGAGGCGCUCCCGCUGGCCGACCAGCCUCAACUCCUGCAGCCCAACGCCCGCCGGGAGGAGCUGUUCGGGAUGCCCCGGCAGCCCGUCACCGUGCCCGCCUCCGGCGACGCGCCGCCCGGCGUCAACAACCCCCUAGAAGUCGUGCCUCGCCGCUUGGGUUUGUCCACGCGAGGUGCGGAGCGCAGCUGGUGGCCGGGCACGCGGCCCGCCUCGGCACCGCCCACGCAUUCACACUCUAUGGGUCGAGACGAACCACAGGAUUUAUCUUGUGCUAAGGAUACAAUGGGGAAGAUGGAUGUUGAUACCGAUGGAGAGUACUUAUCUGACUCGGAUUCAAAUGAAGCUCGCCACAUUUCCAGAAAGAAGCAUCACAGCAGUGGGUUUUUGUUUUCGUUCAGACACCCGCACUCUGCGCUAGCGAGCGGGCUGGGGUCGAUCCCGGAGCCCAGCGCGCCCCCCUCGGAGUUCCACACGCUCGUCAACACCGCCUGCUCAAUCAUAGAGGCGCCACAUCGACAGGGGCUGGCGUCUUUAGCUUCUCCAGGACCGAGCGGGUCGGGCGUUGGCAUUGCGCUGGAGCCGCGCGCGUCGUCGUCGCGCAGCCCCAUCAAGACUGUCAUUGUACGUGCUGGCGAGUUGCUGAGCGCCGCGGAUCCCCUGGAGUCGCAGGAGAUCUCCGCUCACGUGACCGUGGAGACCACCGGCUUGCCUCCGCCGCCGCUCAUUCCGCCUAUCAGCACGCCGCAACAACCGCGCGCGUGCCCUUCGCUGGGCGCGUCGGUGUCGCACGACCUGCUGCUGGGGCGCUGGCGGCUGUCGCUGGACCUGUUCGGGCGCGUGUUCACCGAGGACGUAGGGCUGGAGCCCGGCUCCGUCGUCGCCGAGCUCGGCGGCUUCCCCGUCAAGGAGGUCAAGUUCCGCCGCGACAUGGAAAAACUGAGAAACUCGCAACAAAGAGAUCUUACCUUGCAUAAGAUGGAGCGCGAUCGCGCGAAGCUUCUGCAGCAAACAUUCGCGGAAUUGAACACCGCAUUUACUGGGCAGAACCGGCGCGUGCACAGCGCGCAGCCGCCGUUGGCCGUGAACCGCGUGAAGGUGACCUUCCGCGACGAGCCCGGCGAGGGCAGCGGCGUCGCGCGCUCCUUCUACACCAGCGUGGCCGAGGCGCUGCUGGCCAACGAGAAACUGCCGCCGCUGGAACCCGCCGCCGGCUCGGGCGGCAACUCCGCCAACCCCUCCGCGGGCUCCACCGGCGGCUCCGCCGGCACCGGCAACAGUGGCACUAGGAGUGUAUCUGGUCCCCGUAUGAAGAAUUUAGCCCGUCGCUCGCCCACGACCGAGGGCACGUCGGGGUCGGCCGGCGCGGCCGCCGGAGGUGGCAGCAGCAAUACUGGUGCACGAAGCGGGCCGGGGCCCCGCAUGAAGAACCUGACGCGUCGGUCGCCGAGCGGGCCCACGCCACGCCCGCCGCCUUCUCGCGAGCCGCGGCGCGCUCUCAGUGUCGAUGCUAGACCAUAUUCACCACAGGCCGCGCCCGGGACUGAAGGAGCAGGAUACAGCGGUGACAGACAAGGACAUAACGAACAUCUCACCUUACACCAAGCACAGUUAGGCGAAAGACUUUACCCCAAAGUGCACUCAUUACACCCAUCUUUCGCGGGUAAAAUUACUGGCAUGCUGCUAGAACUAACGCCCGCGCAGCUGCUCGUGCUGCUGGCGAGCGAGGACGCGCUGCAGCAGAAGGUGCGCGAGGCCAUGGACCUCAUCGUCAUGCAUCCCUCUGAAGCGAUACUGGUCGUUUUGGGUGCAGAUCUGGACGUUUUCUCACUGUCGGAACGAAGCGCCGCCGCGGCGGGCUCGGGGUCCAGCGGCGGUGGCGCGGGCGGUCCGGGGGGUGCAGGCGGCGCGGGCCCGCCCGUCGCGGCUCCGCCGCCACCCGACGACGCCGCCCCUCUGUUCUAUUCGCCAGGCAAGCGCGGCUACUACUCGCCCAGACAAGGGCGUGCGACCCCUGAACGGAUUAAUGCUUUUAGGAAUGUUGGCAGAAUCAUCGGCCUGUGUCUGCUACAAAAUGAAUUAUGCCCUAUGUUCCUCAAUCGACAUGUACUGAAAUAUAUUCUUGGUCGACCAGUUCGGUUUCAUGACCUGGCGUUUUUUGAUCCCGUCGUGUACGAAAGCCUGAGGCAACUCGUGGUCGACGCUGAAACAGGCGAUUCACAUUCAUUAUUCGCUGCUCUAGAUCUCAACUUUAGCUUGGAAAUGUGCGAAGAGGAGGGAGGCGGGUGCGUGGAGCUGGUGGCGGGCGGGCGUGAGCUCGAGGUCACUGCCCUCAACGUGUACGACUAUGUGCGCAAGUACGCGCAACACCGCAUGCUGCUCUCGCAGGAGAAAGCGCUCGAGGCAAUACGAGUGGGCGUCCUGGACGUCCUGCCCGAGUCUGCAUUAGAAGGCUUGACGGCAGAGGACCUGCGACUGCUACUGAACGGGGUCGGCGACAUCAACGUGGCGGCGCUGGUCUCCUACACCAGCUUCAACGACGAGAGCGGCGAGCCCCCGGAGCGGCUCGCGCGCUUUAAACGCUGGCUCUGGGCCAUCGUCGACAAAAUGACACAUCUUGAACGACAAGAUCUGGUGUACUUCUGGACUGGGUCCCCCGCGCUGCCGGCGAGCGAGGAGGGCUUCCAGCCGAUGCCGUCGGUGACGAUCCGGCCGGCCGACGACGCGCACCUGCCCACCGCCAACACCUGCAUCUCGCGCCUCUACAUACCGCUCUAUUCCUCCCGACACGUGCUCAAGCACAAACUGUUACUCGCAAUCAAAACGAAAAACUUUGGUUUCGUCUGAACUAACAUGCCAUGCUCCUUUUAUUAUAUACAUUUCGUUUAGCCCUAAACUCAAUCUUCCAGGACUGUCAUUUUCCCUAUUGGAUUUUGAUUAACUGAUCACUGAGAUCCGUAAGAAACUAGUAGUCAAUGAUAGGAAAACUUGGAAAAUUAAUACAUACAUAUAAUGACUCAUGAAUUUCAUGUUAUACCACCCUGUCUUAGAAAAUAUCAAACUGAUUUACUAACGAUUUUUCGACGAACCUCCUUUUAACUGUUUUACAAAUUGAUGAUUAGAAUUGUGAUGUCGUACCAUAGACGAGUCUCUAUUGGGUAAACCUUACAUUAAUUCUUAACAGUAUGUAUAUAUUUUACUUACACAGUCACUCAUUGAAUUACAAUUUGGGAGAGGAAAUUAAUCUCGAGAAUCAUAGUACAUACUAACGUAUUUUUGCAGUUGAAGUUAAAUAUUAUUUUGUUUUCAGAUAUUAUGUAUUAUCAAUGCACACACUUGCUUUUUAAGUAUACAUUGCAAUACACUUAUAACUUACUGAGAUACAGAUAUUUCCUGUCCCAUUAUGGCUUAUUGUUUAUAAGUAAUAUUAAGUAAGAAGUAAUAAAAAAGACUGAACCGCCAAUUUUAUAAACGUCAGUGGUUGUCAACAAUUUAAUUCCGAGUUUAACACGUUAACUGUCCCAAUCUGAAUUACGGUUUUGUAAUGGAGGCUUCCCGGGACCCACAUACGAGGCACGGGUCGUGAACGUGUUAAAUAAUCUGUACACGAGCGUGCACCAGUUUAAAAAAAACGCCCUAAUUGCACUAGUUUCAAUCCAUAAAAAGUAAUUUUAGUUCAUGUUUAUUUUUGCCAAAGUAGUAAACUUAGGUGAUAGCAAUAAUUGUCAGCAAUCCAUUAAGAACUUUUCUAUUUUGAAUUGACGCAAGGUUACCUAUAUAGAUAUGGCUCGGAUUUAAUUGAGUAUUAUGCAAAUUAAAGAAAACGUAUUGUAAGUGAUCAAGACUAGAAAAUUCAUUUUGUUUAUUUAUACAAAUCUUUGUCAGGAAAUACCCAGGCAGGCAGGUAAUCGAUUACCAUAUAAAUUACACACAAGGCUAGUAGUUGCGCGCGCGAUUGUUGAGAAUGGGGAGUUUGCACAGUAUUGUGAGAUAUGAUAUAAAUUUCAACUUGUAUCAUUUGAAAUUUAAAAAAUGUAUGCUUCAUUUUUUUUUUCUCUCAUGUAGCUUAAAUUUUAAUCCUGGAGUUGGCAUGCAGAACAAAGUUUGAGGCAGUUUUUAUACCUAUACCAAAGAGUUAUUAUUUUAAAAGACAUGUAAAGUCUAUAAGAACGUGCCCCCUAGUUUGACUUUUUAAAUAGAGAGUCCUGUACUGCGAUAUAUGUUUUGUGGUCACUGGAUUGUCAAACAUCAGCUUUUGUUUUACAUAUCCUAUAUAAUAAAUGACCUAUCCCAUACUCUCUAAUCCUUUUCUUUGAGACUAAUCCCUUUAGGGCCACUUGCACCAUCCCGGGUUAGCCACUAACUAGGAGUUAACC